AUGAGAGCGAUGAAACUUCUCUCCGAAGGGGAAAUUUAUGCAAAAAUCCUCAAGGAGAAGCCAAAUCCCUCUGACAUCGAGCUGUUGAUGAGCCUUGAUAAUGUUAAACCAUUUACGGUUCCAACAAAUUAUAUUGCAGAGCUUCCUUUUUUGAAGAAAACAAUCAAAAUUAGUAAAAAUCCACUCGAAUUACUAAUAAAAGCUAAAAUCCAAUUCGAAUUCGAUGAAUUUAAUUUGGAGAUCAUUUCGAAAAAUAAUGAUUUUGUUCAAAAAAACAAAUUAAUUACUUUGCAAUACAUAUUAUUUUCCUUUGUUGGCUGGCAAUUAAAACAAAGCCAAUCAAUUGCUCCGGUUUCGAUAUUUUCUGCCUUGGUUGUUGCAUGUGAUCCUGAUGUCUUCGCAGAAUAUUUUCAAUAUCGCUUUAUCGCAAUCUCAGCAUUCUAUAUUCUUUACUCCCAAUGCUUUAAACAGCGAAAGACCCAACUUAAUGAGUAUUUACCUCCUCUUUUACUAUUUUUGUCUCAAUACAGAGAAUUACCCGAACAUUGCUAUAAUUUAGUACUAUUUGCUGUUCAAUGCUGCUCAUCACAGCACUCAUCUGUUGUUUGGUCAGAAAAUUUCAGUCAAUUACUCUCAUUUUCAACAACACUCGAUCUACCAUCAUCAGUUGCUACAUCGCUGAUUCAAACUACGGUGUACCAGCUCUCAUCUCUUGAGAAUUCCGCUUUAAGCGUUUUCGGGAAUUUGAUUUUACACGUGACAGGUGAAAGCGUCAAUCAUUUCAUGGAGCUUAUCGCCAUGUCAAUGGGAAAUUACUCGAAUUUACUCGCUCCUCUCGUAAUUCCUCCAUCAUCAAAACCAUUUACUCUCCAAAACAACCAAACAAACGAAGGACUGUUCAGAUUCCUUGCAAAUGACGUAUUCCCAGACGGAAUGAGUUUCGAAAACCUCAUUUCUUUUGAUGAUCCAGGUUUAUCAAAAUUAAUUGAACCAGGAUUCCUCAAAAAGGUCGAUAUCAUACUCGCAGGCAUCUCAAAAUCACAAUUACUUACGAAAACAUUCAUUUCUACGAUGAUGUCUACGAUUGCUCUUUGUAUUUCAACUCCGCAGAUCUAUUUACUGUACGCAACGUUACUUUACAUAUGUUCUAACUGUGAUUACCUUGACGAAAUCCGUGAUCUCGGUAAAUUUUUCUUGAAUGAGAUUAUAUUUGACCCUGGAGUUACAUUUGAUCAAAAGAAGAACAACUUUUCAACAAUUAGCCGCAUAAGAAGUGAGUCUCUUCUUAUUGCAAGUAGGAUUGACGUUCAAGGUUUAGAUCAAUUUUUAUUUAAGAUCAAAAUCACUCCACUUUUAUUUACAGAGUGUAUCUAUAGGUUACUUUCAUUCAAUGAAACAAAUUGUUCGCAUACAAUCAUAUCAAAAUCUUUAAUUCAAUCUGCAAUUUUUUAUCGACCAUUUGUUUCAUCGUCAAAUGAAGUUUCAACAGCCUUCAAAGCCAUAUUUCUUUAUUUCUAUACAAUGUUCCAACAAACAUCUAUUGUUUCUCAAUCUUUUGAGUCAAUUUUGUUUGUUCAAGGUUUUUUGGCUUUUUUAUAUGAACCAAAGAUCAGACCUUUUGUUUUAACACAAACAAGACAAUAUUUGAUACAAGACAAUACAAAAGAUAAUCCAGGGUUAAUAGAACUAUUAAUAAAUAUUGUUGAAUUGACAUGUCAUGAUUUUCCUGAUGAAAAAUCUGUUUUAUUGGCUUCAGAUUUGUAUCAAACUAUUAAUGAUAUAUUAGUACACAAAGCAUCAUUGUUACCUGCAUUCGAAAGCUUGUUAUUCACUGCUUUGAAAACUAAUAAUAUUUUGUCAUUUUCUAUCGUUAAUGUCACGUUUUUUGACAAUUUGCUAUCGUUUUUAGCCUUCAUUUCAAUGAAUCAUAUUUUUUCAGCUCCUGAAUUGAAUUCUUUAGAGCAAAUGAUCAAGUUUUUGUAUGAGAACAAUAAUAUUCCUAUAACCGUUUUUUAUAAAUUGAUACAAUUGGCAUCAUCAACGAUGUUUGCAGGACAAUCAACAUCAAUUAUGAUAAAACAACCGAAAGUUUUGAAGUUGUUGAUUAUUUUGUUCAAAGAAUCAUCGAAUUUCAUUGAAAUUGUUAGGUUUAUAUCAGGAAUUUGUCAGUAUUCGUAUAAGAAUUGCAUCGCUUGCCAUAAUGGAGAAAUAGAUUUGUUGUUUAUUGACUUGUUGAAAGAGGAAGAUAAAAUUGAAGAUGAAACAAAAGAAGAAAUUUUCUCCGCUUUCAACAAAAUUUCUACUGUUGUUUCUUCUGUUUCAGUAAUGCAACAUUAUAUUAGUUUAUUAUGUCCUCAAUCUGUUGAUUCCCCUCCUUCUCCAACUCCUUCUAGUUUAUUAGUGUUGGAUCUAGGUGAAACACCUUCAAAAUUGGCAGAAAAUCCUUCAAAAUUGACUGAAAAUUUGUCAAAUACGUCAAAUUCUUCUGAAAAUUCAUCAAAUUUGCCAAGUUCUUCAGAAAAUUUGUCAAAUGACUCAAAAUUGACAGAAAAAUCCUCAAAUUCUUCUGAAAAUUUGACAGAAAAAUCAUCCCAAAAUUUGACAAAAUUACAAAAUUCAUCAGAAGCUUUGUCAAAUCCGUCAAAAUUGACAGAAAAUUUGACAAAUUCUUCAGAAAUGAUGUCAAAUUCUUCUGGAAAUGUAUCAAAUGUUUCAAGUUCUUCAGGAAGUAUAACGAGAAGUUCUUCUUUGUCUCCUUCUCCUUCUGCAAAUUUGGAAUCUGAUUCUUCUAGUUCUAAUUUGACUGAUUCCAAACUUUUGCAGAGUUCGAAUGAAGAAUUCAGUUCAUCUGACCAAUUAAUUAAAUCUAAGGAAGAAGUCAAUUCGAAGUUGAAUGAAAAGUUAACAGAGAACAUCAACAAUGAUUACAUUCCUUUGAAAGCCACAUCUAAAAAACUCACGAGAAUGAAUUCAAAUUCCAACUUAAGUUUGUCAAGUUUUUCGAGUUUGAAUUUCAACAUGUCAUCGAAAGUUGUUACAAACUUAGAAUUCCAAGCAUUGAAAGCAUUGAGUAACAACAUGUACCAAUCUCGAAAACUUCCCAUUUCAUCAAUGCCUUUAACAAGAGAUUCUUUCAUUAAAUUACAUAAUAUUCCAACAAGCGAAUUAACAGAAGGAUUUGCUUUUGUUAUUUGGUUGUAUCACGAACCAACAGAUGCAACUUACAAACCACAGUUAUUCUUUAUUGGAGAAGAAAACGACAAAAUGAUAAAAAUCAAUUUAAGUCAAAGCCAAUUAGUAAUUACACAUUGCGGAGAUGAUUACGAUACUGUUGCAACUGUUGAUGUUAAUAUAAAAGCCAGACAAUGGGUUUUAUUGUCAAUAGAAUACACAAAUGAUUAUGUAAAAGGAGGAACCGUUUGUGUUGUUAGUUGCAAUUGCCAAGAUCCUAAAAAAGUUGCUUUGCAAGAUUUGCAUUGGAAGAAACGUUUUGUUGAUGUAACAAUCGGUGGAUUAGCUUCUGAUUCACCAUUACCUUUGUAUUGUUCAAGAAUUGGUGGUUUUGGAUUCUUCAAAUCAUUGACGGAAAGUCAUUUGAUGAAAUUAAAUGAAGCAGGACCAAGAAUUGAUCCACCUCCUUACGAACAAACAUUUUUAUCCGCGAAAACAAUUUUGCAACAAAAUGAAUUGUUCGUACAAGAGACACAAAGUAAUUAUAACAUUACAUUGAGUUAUAAAUACAAUAACAAAGAAACUCUUAUGAGUCUGAGUGAAGUUUUGGGACAUCUUUGUAAAGUUGAAUUCCUUUUGCCGCUUUUCAGUCAAUUAGAUUUAAUUAAUGAACAAAUUGAUUCGUUCUUUGAUUUAAUUAUUGAUGUAUUUUCUAAUGCUUUAUCAAUGUCUCAAAAAGCUCAACAGUUAUUUUAUGAAGCCAGUGGUUUUGACAUCAUUUCACAUUUAUUAAUGACAUGUAAUGCAAAACUGAUUACUUAUCACAUUUACGCGCAUUUCUAUGGUAUCUGCGAAGUUAUAAGUGAAUCAAAUUUGCAAAGCCAAUUGUUAGAUUCCAUAUUGUUAAAUGAAAUGAUUUGGAUAAGAGCAGAUAGUUUCAAUCAUUUGAAAAUCGUGAAACAUUGGGCAAGAGUUAUUUUUGUUUCUUAUGAAACAAUAUUUAUGAAACUCAGAUCAAUCAAGAACUUAUUGACAACAGCAAAACUUUUCUAUCAAACUAAUGUUCCUGAUAUCAAUGCUUUUAAAUAUAUAACAAGUUUAAGAGAUCCGAGAUUGAAUAAUUUUGAAUGUAGAAAAGUAAUUUUCCAAAUAAUUCAAUUAAUGGCUGCUGUCACGUUUACUGAUGAUGAUUUUCUGUAUUUAAUAGGAAUGAUUGUUACAGCUAAUGAUCAUGACUUAUGUUUGGAUUAUCUCAAUUUCUUAGUCGAUUUACUCGAAAUGAAUCCAUCUCCAAUACAAAACGUGACAGUUGAUGCUUUGACACUUUUAAUGAUGACAUUUUCAUUCAAUGAUGAAAACAUUAUUACAAAGGUUUUCCAUAUUAUUUACAUAGCAAACAAGAACAACAUGUUAAAGGGUGUUUUGAUACAUGAACACAUUUACAUUAUAAUGAGAGAAUUAACAUUAGAUGUUGUUAGAGAACCUGUUUUUAAUUCACUUUUGGAUUUGCUUUUGAAAGGUUUUUAUGAUAUUUUACCAAUUGUUUCAUGGUUAUCAAUCAAUUUAGGAGCAAACGCUAUGAUUACAUUGAUAGAAAAACUUGAGCCAAACAAGAAUUACGUAACUCAUUUGCAAUGGAUGUUUUGGCCAACUGUUUUGUUGUUGAAAUGUCCAAAUUCUGUUUCUGACAAAUUGAUUGAUUUCAUUUUGUUCAGUGAUUUGGAAGGUUGGAGUAAUUUCUAUAUGAUGAUAAAUGUUUGCGCGAGAUUAACUAAUGGACAUUCAACAGAAUACAGACAAAUGAUGUUGAACAAAAUCGUUGAUUAUCUUUUAGUUAAAAAGAAAAAUGAAUUGAUGGAAUCUUUCUUUUCUUUGGCAAAAUCAUAUAUUUUGUAUCAUAACAAUAACAGUGCUUUGCAAACUUUAAUAACAUAUUCUCCUUUCAAUAUAAGAAGAAUGAGAAGCCAUACGAACCAAAUACCAAGAUUUUCACCUGAAAGAAAACAAAGUGCAAUUCAUUUUAAUUUUAGAAAUAUUAGUUUACCUCCUAGACUACAAUUUCCUGAUGUUUCAGCAAUGAAUUUAUGGAUAACUCCUGCAGAAGUUGAGAAACAAAUUCAAUCAAUGGAAUCCAAUUUUUCAAAAGAAACACAUGUUUUCUUUUCUCUUUCUAUUGGUCCAGACGGAGAAUGGGUUGAUGCAGAACUCGCAAAGAAAUGUUUAGAUUUGUAUUUGUUCUGGAAUAACUCAAAUUAUUUGGAUUUCGAUUUGAUUUUGUGCGCGUUCUUGAUACCUUAUUAUUACAAUAAAGUUUUCGAACAUUUCACAAGUUUGAACUUGAAUUCUCAAGAAGUCUCGAAGUUGUUACCUUUCUUAAGUUUAAUUAAUACUAAAUGUGAAGAUAAUUCGAGACAAAUGAUUUUCAAGAUUCCUGUGAAAAACAUGAAAUUAUCAUCAUUCAGUGCAUUAGAAUCAGUUGCAAACAAUGCACCUCCUAAUGCUGUUCAUGGUAUUGUUAUUGCUGUUAAUCAGUUAAUCAGGUUCUUCAAGAACAACAAAGAGAAAUCGAAUGGAAUUCUUAAAUUCCAAAGUUGUCCAACAAUUAUGAGUGCAAGUCAAUCUCCAAAAAGAGUUUUGUAUUCGCUGCAAAAGAAAAAGAGAGAUGAUGAAAGAAAAUGGAUAAGAUUAUGGAGAAACUUGACAAUUGAUGGUGCUCCAUGGUCUUCUUGUUUGGAACAUUCUUUAACUGAUAAAUUACCUCUAAAAAGAGAUCAAACUUUGUGUACAUUUAUUUGCCCGGCCAAAUUAAAGAGAAAUUGGAAUUUGACAAAUCAAGGUUUGACACUUGAAAAAUCGAUGUCUGUUUUAUUCCAAUCAUCGACAGCUUUGUUGAACAACAGACAGAAUUCAACAGAAAAUGUUGUAAUCGACAAGAAUUUCAUUGAAGUUCCUUGUAACGUUGUAACAAUUGAAGGCCAAAAUCCAGCUGAUUUCAUCAUCACGAAUACAACAAUUGGCAUCAAAAAACAUGAUACAACAUUAAGGGAAUACACAAUAGAUCAGAUCCAGUUCAUGAUCGAAAGAAGAAGAAUCAACAAACAAAGUGCAAUCGAAUUAUUUUUCCAUGGAGGAAGAUCGAAGUUGUUAUCUUUUGAUGAUAAAUAUUUCGCUCAUGUCCAAGCAGGAUUAAAAGCUCGUCACAUCUCAGAGUUGACUAAAGAAACAGCAAAUCUUAAUCAACUAAUGAAAAUGUGGCAGAACAGAGAGAUUUCUACAUUUGAAUAUCUCAUGAAAUUGAAUAUGAUAAGUGGUCGGACAUUUUCAAGUUUACAACAUUAUCCAAUCAUGCCAUGGAUUAUUUCUGAUUACGAAAGCAAAGUUUUCGAUUGCAAUGACUCGAUGUUUUUACGUGAUGUCAGAAAACCGAUGUCACAAGUUGGCCAAGAAAGAUUAAUGAGAAUUAUCACGAAAAUGCAAGAAACAGGAGUUGUUGAUUUUAGUUUACCAGGAAGUCCAAUGAGACCAACAGACAUUUGUUCGUAUUUAUGUCGUUUGCAUCCUUUCUCUGAACUGGAUUAUGAUGAACCAUGUCUUUCCAUUUCAAAGGCAUUCAACAAAGCCACAAAUGAUGAUUUCUGCUAUUCAGAGUUAGUUCCUGAAUUCUUUUAUAUGCCUGAAGCUUUUCUUAAGACAAAUCCAAAGAAUAAGACACAAGAAAUGGAAUUCCCUGCUUGGAGUAAUGAUGAUGCUUUCACUUUUGUUUAUUUGAACAGAAAAGCUCUUGAAUGUGAUUUGAUUUCUUCAUCAAUUAAUCAAUGGAUUGAUUUGAUUUGGGGAACAAAACAAAGAGAUUCUGGAGCAAUUUCCGCUUUCAAUAAAUUCACAAGUGACGUAUACGAAGACAGCGAAAACUUCGAUAUUUAUGAUGGAAGUCGUACAGGUUUCGUUCCUGAAAGAUUGUUUACAGAACCUCAUCCUCCAAGAUUUGAAAUUGAAGAAAAAAUUCAAAAUCAGAUCACUUCACCUUUGAUUAUCCAAACACAAAAUGUGAACACUGUUGUGUACAGUAACUACGCCGUAUUAUCUAAUAACAUCAUGGAAGUAAUGAUAUUAGAUUCCAUUGGAAAAGUUACUGUUCACACUUUGGAUUUCACACAACUCCAAAAGUACACAAAUAAAGGUCCAAAUAUGAUCAGACAAUAUUCAUCGCAAUCAUCGAUAUCUUUGUCGCAAAACUCUGAAAGCGAUAGUGGAAUGUCGAGUUCGAUGUUUGUCACAAAAACUCCUUUAUUGAACCAAAAAAUGACGAAUGAAAACGAAUCAAUAAUUUCGAGUAUUUCAUUCGAAAGAUUACAGAAUUUGACCAAAAGUGAAAUCCGUUCUCCAACAGGAACGAAUUCUUCAUCAGGAUUCACGUCAUCCAAUUCGAACUCCAGCCUAAACAUUCUUCCACCACCGAAUGUUACAGCUGUUAUUCCUAAUUUCCUUCAAAUUGCUUUGAAUGCAAAAUACGACAUGUUUUCUUUCAUCGACAGAAAUACUUUGAUGUUUGUCGAUAACGGACUUGUGAAAACAUUUUCUAUUUCAACGAAAACAACACAAGUUUUGAAGAUGCAUACAAGCGAUGUAACAAUAUUGUCAUUGUCAAAACAAUGGCUUUGCGCUUCAAGUAGAGGUUCUGUUUUGAAUUUUUGCAGAAUUUCUGAUUUGUCGAAAGUUGUUUUCUCGAUUCCUUUAUACAGAGAUUCGAUUCAAUGUGUUAACAUUAAUCCGAAUUUCUCACUUGCUGUUGCAGGAACACGCGAUGGCUUCUUGUUCUUUGUGUCUUUGACACAUGGAACUGUUGGAGCAACAGUUGAUAUACAAAAAGCAGGACCUUAUAAAGUUAUUGUUACUUCUGCUUGGGGAUUUGUUGUUGUCUACAUGACUGAAUUGGAAAGAGGUUCUGUAAGACAUUACUUGACUUUGUAUUCUCCAAAUGGAAGACUCAUAAAGAGAAGAACAAUUGGGUCAGGAAUUUCAUGUUGGAACUCUUUUAAGACUGUUGAUGGUUUCGAUUACGUUGUUUGCGCAGACGACAGAGGAAGAUUGUGGGUUUUCGAGGCUUUCUUCCUUUCAAUGGAUGAGUUCGUGUACAGAUGCAACGGACAAGUUACUAAUGUUUGUUACAGCACUGAUCAAAAUGGAAUUGUUGCAACAACAGCCGACGGACGAAUUUUAUUUGUCCCGCACAAAAUAUAG